ACCUCCUCCCCUGCCCGGUUUCUCUGUCCCUUCCACGAUGGGUGGCGUGGAGGAGGUCAUUGUGGCUCAGGUGGACCACGGCCUGGGCUCAGCCUGGGUCCCCAGUCACCGUAGGGUGAAUCCACCCACACUGCGUAUGAAGAAGCUCAACUGGCAGAAGCUGCCCUCCAAUGUGGCACGAGAGCGCAACUCCAUGUGGGCAACCUUGAGCAGCCCCUGCACAGAGGCCGUGGAGCCUGACUUCUCCAGCAUUGAACAACUGUUCUCCUUCCCCACGGCUAAGCCCAAGGAGCCCUCUGCUGCCCCCACCAGGAAGGAACCCAAAGAGGUCACUUUUCUGGACUCCAAAAAGAGCCUGAACCUCAACAUCUUCCUGAAGCAAUUUAAAAGCUCCAAUGAAGAAGUCACCUCCAUGAUCCGGGCUGGAGACACAACCAAGUUUGAUGUGGAGGUUCUCAAACAGCUCCUUAAACUCCUUCCAGAAAAGCAUGAGAUUGAGAACCUGCGCGCAUUCACUGAGGAGCGAACCAAACUGGCCAGUGCUGACCAGUUCUACAUCCUCCUCCUGGACAUUCCCUGCUACCAGCUGCGGGUGGAGUGCAUGAUGCUGUGUGAGGGCACCGCCAUCGUUCUGGACAUGGUGCGGCCCAAGGCCCAGCUGGCGCUCACCGCCUGCGAGAGCCUGCUCACCAGCCAACGGCUGCCUGUCUUCUGCCAGCUGAUCCUCAAGAUUGGGAAUUUCCUCAACUAUGGCAGCCACACAGGAGAUGCAGACGGUUUCAAGAUUAGCACGUUGCUGAAGCUCACAGAGACCAAGUCCCAGCAGAGUCGGGUGACACUGCUCCACCAUGUGCUGGAGGAAGUGGAGAAAAGCCACCCAGACCUCCUACAGCUGGCACGGGACCUGGAGCCACCCUCUCAAGCUGCGGGAAUCAACUUGGAGAUCAUCCGCUCAGAGGCCAGUGGCAACUUAAAGAAGCUUCUGGAAAUAGAACGGAAGGUGUCUGCCUCAAUCCCUGAGGUGCAAAAACAGUAUGCUGAGCGCCUCCAGGCCAGCAUUGAGGCCUCUCGGGCACUGGACAAGGUGUUCGAGGCUAUUGAGCAGAAGAAGCUGGAGCUGGCCGACUACCUGUGCGAAGACCCCCAGCAGCUGUCUUUAGAGGACACAUUCAGCACCAUGAAGACCUUCCGAGACCUCUUCACCCGUGCCCUGAAGGAGAACAAGGACCGGAAGGAGCAGAUGGCGAAGGCAGAGAAGAGAAAACAGCAGUUGGCAGAGGAGGAGGCACGGAGGCCGAGGGGCGAGGACGGGAAGCCUGUCAGAAAGGGGCCCGGGAAACAAGAAGAGGUAUGUGUCAUCGAUGCCCUGCUGGCCGACAUCAGGAAGGGCUUCCAGCUACGGAAGACAGCCCGGGGCCGAGGGGACACUGAAGCAGGCAGCAGAGUGACUCCAACAGAUCCUCCAAAGGCCACAGAGCCUGCAACUGCCAGCAAUGCCAUACAAAGCACAAACCAUCCUGCCUCAGAGCCAAGCUUGGACACUACAGCAGCCGGGGAGCCACAGGGCUGGGACCUUGUGGACGCUGUAACCCCCAGUCCCCAGCCCUCCAAGGAGGAAGGUGGUCCCCCAGCCUUGGAGAGGCGUUCUUCCUGGUAUGUGGAUGCCAGUGACUUCCUGGUCCCUGAAGAUAACCUGAAUGCCCAGCCCUCUGAGGGGAUCUGGCCAGUGACUCUGGGAGAUGAUCAAGCCCUGAAGCCCCUCGAGUUCUCUAGCAAUAAGCCUCCUGGAGUCGAGAGCUCACCCCAGAAUGCUGUGGAUCCUGAAGCCUUGUGGGGUGUUCGCCAAGCCAAGGCUGACGGCACAAGAGAGGGACCAGAGGAUACAGCUGAGCGCGGCCACAGCCCCCACCUCCCCUGCACAGGCCCUGGAGAGGAUGAGGACCAGGACGACACAGCUCCAGAGUCUGCACUUGACACAUCCCUAGACAGGUCCUUUUCUGAGGACGCAGUGACAGAUUCCUCAGGGUCUGGCACCCUCCCCAGAGUCCGAGGCCGGGUCUCAAAGGGGACGAGCAAGCGAAGGAAGAAACGUCCCUCAAGGAACCAAGAAGGCCUCAGGUCCAGGCCCAAAGCUAAGUGAGUGCUCUCGACGGCUCAGCACAGCAGCAGGUGCUCCGUUUGUGCUGUCUGGAGAGGCUCUUCGGGGCCAGGCUGGGACUGGGCCCCUGAGAAACUGAAACUCUGUGCCUUACCCAGCCAGGAGCCUUGGGAGUCUUGGCCAUUGAUGCUAGGACCUGGCCUGGCAUCACCCUGAACCACCUGCACGCUCAUAGCCUCACCUUCUGCUUUGCAAGCCUCUACCCACCUCCCAUCGCAUGCACCACGGGGGUGGGAGGAAGCCUCCUGUCUGGCUUUAGGGAGAUAGGUACAAAUACCUGCAAUGGGCUGCAACAUUCCCAGACUGCCUCCAUGGCUCAGUUGACCUUUAGCUGAGUACUGUUUUAUGCAUCUUUAUUCUGCUGUGGCUGAGUUGGGGACAGUGAGGGAGGGAGGCUUGGUGGCAGUGCUGUGGGUAGGUCCUGGCUGGUAGGCCCCAGGGAACAAAAAGAGAUGAAUAAUGGUUGAUGACCACAGCAGCUGCCAUCUCUCUCAGUGUCUGCCCAGCAAGGAACAGACUGCCCCUGCCCGGCCCCUCCAUCCCCACUCCUAGGGGUCCACUGUUGAGUCUGGAGCCCAGCAGGGAUUUUAACCAAUAAAGAGCAACCUUGUCUGCCA